GUAAAUGCUAUUGAUGCGGAUAUUGGUUCAAAUGCAGAAGUUGAAUAUUUUUUCGGUGGUGAACAUGACCCCCAAACACAAGAGAUGUUUAGCUUAGACAAAAUCAGUGGUGAAAUCAGAGUGAAAGGAGUAAUAGAUUUUGAAAAAAAUGAAGUUUAUAAAUUAGAAAUACGUGCAAAUGACAAAGGAACACCUCCCAUGGAUGCAGAUUGUACCGUCCUGAUCAAAGUACUGGACGAAAAUGAUAACAAACCUGAAAUCGAGGUCACAUCUCUUUCCAAGCAGGUUUCAGAGAGCUCCCGACCUGGAGCUGUAGUUUCUUUAAUUAGUGUCACAGACCAGGAUUCAGGUUUAAACGGUAAAGUCAUAUGUAGUCUUUCAGAUGACGUGCCGUUUGAUUUAAAACCAUCGUUUCAGGAUAAUAUGUUCUCUUUAGUUUUAAAACAGCAUUUAGAUCGAGAGUCAGUUUCUCAUUAUGACAUCACAAUAACAGCUACGGACUGCGGUCAGCCUCCUCUAUCUGCAUUUAUAACGCUCAGUAUUGAUGUGUCAGAUACAAAUGAUAAUGCGCCGCAAUUCUUAUAUAAUCCAAUUGAACUUUAUCUGACAGAAAACAACGUCCCUGGGAACCCUAUAUAUUCCGUGUCAGCUUCUGAUAACGAUCUGGACGAAAAUUCAGCUGUAAGUUAUCAUUUAGUUAGAGAAGAAGGAAGCCAAUUAAAAAUUAUUGCAUUUUUAAACGUUAACUCGGAAAACGGAGAAAUAUAUGCGCUGAAAAGUUUCGAUUUUGAAACUCUGAAAACUUUCCAGUUCCAAGUUGUCGCCACUGAUUCUGGGACUCCGUCACUCAGCAGCAACGUCACAGUGAACGUGUUCAUUCUGGAUCAGAACGACAACGCUCCAGUCAUCCUGUAUCCACUCAGCUCCAAUGGUUCUGCUGAAGGUGUGGAGGAGAUUCCACGCAAACGUGAACGCAGGACACUUGGUGACUAAAGUCAGAGCCUAUGACGCUGAUAU